GCAGGAACGAGUAAAGGAAAACCACAUCGACCGCUCUACCUCCCUGAUCCACAGCCGCACACUCACUUCUGAAGAGGGUGCUCUUAUUCUGAAAAAAACAAACAGGAAGUGUUAUGGUUGCCGUUAUCGGAAGAAGGGCUGCCGGACUGGAGAACCUCUGACACACAUAUCUACGUGAAGCCAGCUGCAAAACAGGACACGCACGUAACAGUGACAGAAGAAAGUCAGCGGUAUCGGCGGGUAAAGUUGUAACAGAACUACGUAUAAGUCCCCUUCAGUCUGAGGAGAAGAUGGAAGUGGCUGACCUUCCCAGCGGCCCUCUGGAUAGAUACAGGAAAAAAGCUUCUUUCAACUGGAAGGACAUGCUCUGCUUCUUAGAGGAUGAGGAAAUUCGGGCAUUCAAGCACCAUGUGUUCAAGACACUGGAGAACGAUCCUGUCUUCGCCCGUCAACCCGGUGAAGACGUCCCUUUGGAAAGAAUGAGAGAGCUGACCUUCCUCAGGGUGAAACAGCUCUUCCGCUACAACUUCCUGACACAAGAGGAGACCAUGGCCAACCCCUGGAAGACUGUGAUCCUCAGUGACUGUCUGGGCAUGUAUGACUGGUCCCUUUCAUCCAAGUUCUUUCUCAAUAAAGGGAUGUUUGGAGCGACUGUCGCUAACUCAGGAUCAGAGAGACACAGAAAAUAUGUUGAGAACACUGAGGACAUGACGACAUUUGGAUGCUUUGCACUGACUGAGCUGAGCCACGGCAGCAACACCAGGGCCAUGAGGACCACAGCCACAUAUGACCCCUCCACCCAGGAGUUUGUGAUCAAUUCUCCUGACUUCGAGGCUGCCAAAUUCUGGGUGGGCAACCUGGGUAAGACUGCAACCCACGCUGUGGUCUUCGCCCAGCUCUACACACCUGACCAAGUGUGCCACGGCCUUCACUCCUUCAUUGUCCCGGUGAGAGAUCCCAGGACCCUGCUGUCUCUGCCCGGUGUGCAGGUUGGUGACAUGGGCAAGAAGCUGGGCCAGAACGGACUGGAUAAUGGGUUUGCCAUGUUUCAUAACGUGAGGAUCCCCCGGGAGAAUCUACUGAAUAAGACUGGAGAUGUUACUCCUGAUGGCCGCUACGUUACCCCAUUCAAGGACCCCAACAAGCGUUUCGGGGCUUCUCUGGGUGCCCUGUCAGGUGGCAGGGUGUCCAUCACCCGGAUGGCUCUGGUCAACCUGAAGUUGGCUCUCACUGUGGCUAUCCGCUUCUCAGCCACCAGGAGACAGUUUGGACCCAAAGACACAGAGGAGAUUCCUGUAUUGGAGUACCAGUUACAGCAAUGGCGUCUGAUCCCGUACCUGGCGGCGGCGUAUGCUCUUGAACACUUCACCAAAUCCAUCUUCAUGAACUUUGUCGAGUUCCAGAUUGGACAGAUGAUGAAGGACCGGAGUGACAGACAAGCAGAGAUGGGCAGAGAGAUCCAUGCUAUAGGCUGCUCCAGUAAACCUCUGGGCUCAUGGACUGCGCAGAGGGGUAUCCAGGAGUGUAGGGAAGCCUGCGGUGGACAUGGAUACCUGGCCAUGAACCGGCUGGGCGAUCUGCGUGGCGACAAUGAUCCAAACUGCACAUACGAAGGAGACAAUAAUGUCUUGCUGCAACAGACCAGCAACUACCUGCUCAGCUGGCUCCAUGCUAAACAACGCGAUGGCGUGCAGAUAGAGUCGCCUCUUCACACGGUGGAUUUCUUAAAUGAUUUCCACAAGAUCCAGGAAAGCAAGUUCACGGCAACGACGAUGGACCAGUGCAUGGACCCUGCAGUGCCACUGGAAGGCUACAAGUGGCUCGUGUGUUUCCUGCUGGAGAACAGCCAGAAGAGGCUGCAACAGCAGAGGGCCAUGGGACAGGAUAGGUUUGAGGCCUUGAAUAACAGUCAGGUUUACUUCUGCCGUUCCCUGGCAAUGGCCUACAUUGAAUACAACUGCCUCCAGAGGUUUUAUGAGCUGACUACUGAUGAUGACACACCAGCUGCUCUCAGACCUGUACUACGCAAGCUCUGCAGCCUGUAUGGGCUGUGGAGCCUCAGCAGCCAUAUGGCCACACUGUACCAGGGCCAUUACGUAAGUGGAGGGAAGCCAGCAGAAUUGGUCCAGAUGGCCAUCCUCACUCUCUGCUCCCAGCUGAAGGAUGAUGCAGUAGCACUGGUGGAUGUCUUCGCACCUCCGGAUUUCAUUCUCAACUCACCGAUUGGCUGCGCUGAUGGACAGCUCUACAAGAACCUGUGGUCGACGGUGAUGCAGGGCAGCCAGGUGCUGGAGCGGCCAUCCUGGUGGAAAGAGUUCUGCUCGGACAAGCCUGUGGUCGGAUCCCUCCAUGCAAAACUGUAGAACCCUGACACCCUGUCAGGUACCAAUGCCUCUUUUUUUUUUUUUUUUUUUGAGUCAGUGGUCGUCAUGUGACCCGCAUUUUCGACUCUGGCCACUACACUAAGUGCUGUGUCCUUCUGUGCCUCAGAAAUUGUACAUUGAUCUAAAAAAAAUGGCUGGAUAUCAUCUUGAAUGUGUGUUCUACAGGAAUUCAGUCACUCACAGUCAUUACCAUCAGUUCUAUAAGAUACACUUUUCCGUCCUUAACACAGAAUUAAUGCUGUUUUAGCAUAGCACGGGUUCCAGUGUUAUGAUUGAGUUCUAUUUUUAGACUACCUAGCCGUGCCAAGUAUCACUACAAGUCAGCGUCAACCAAAUAUUGUCCCGAUAGCACAACUUAACUUUUCAUUGUUAAUGAAGGGUCGAUGAGAUUGUGAACCAUUUAAAUGAUAAGAAAAAAUGUCAAAGCCUGUGGUUAUAUAUCAACUAUGAGCGACAGGUGUACUGUAAACACAUAACCAAAAAUCGCACUUGUCAUACAAACAGUCGGCGUUACUCGUUUCUCGCAAUACUUCGCAAAAUUUGUAAAAAAACAAAAAAAAAACGCUGGCUUUCUGUGGUUAGAUUUUGUUAAUCUUUUUUUUUCAUCAUCAUUUGAUUUGCAAAAAUCGUAAUUAUCGUCAAUUAAAUCCAUUUAAAUGUCUCGCAGAUAAGAAACCUCCAAACUGAAUGGUUUGCGAUUUCUUUUUAGACUUACCGUGUUUUGUAGUAGACUAGAAGGAUGUAAUAUUUUACCAAAGCUAAAAAUCAUGUAGAUAACGUGCAGUGCCACAUGACUCUUUAAAGAUUAUUUUUUGUAAUACUGUAUCUUGAUAUAAAUACACAAAUUAAAUACAUUCACUAAUACAA